UCUGAAACUCCUGACCCCAACCAAAGAUUGUUCCAAAUGAACAAUAAAGUAAACACUGUAAUAUUGCCUGUAUAUUAAGGGCUGAUUCAAGGGGUUAGAAGUUUCGCAUAGGUUAUAAUUUGAGGCAUGGUGAUUUACAUGGAGGAAAAGUUUAUUCUACUGGUCGAGCUUUAUAAGUGGCUGGAGAACCUUGAGAAGGACAAACCCACAACACUGGCUAAGAAAACCGUGACACGUGCUUUAAAUAAACUUCAGAGUGAAGGGCACUGCAAAUGCAUUCAUGUUAGUGUUCCUGUUGUUACUAACUGUGGUCGUAAACGCUCAACAGUGGUGGUAUUGCACAAGUCCGUUCAAUUAACUCCUGAACUAAAGGGUCAAGCUUACGAAAGAUUAAGAUCUUUAGACAAGCUAAGUCGUGGGCAAGGUUUAACUCAUAGGAAGAAUGAAGAACCAGUUCCUGUACUGAUUGGUAUCAAUAGGAUUACCAGCAAAGUUACGUCAGACUCCCAAGCUGAUAAAGCAAAAGCGUUGCAUUCUAAUGGGUUUGUUCAUGCAAAAAUUGUUCGCGCUAAGUUGCUGCGUAACUUUCUCUGGAGUUAUGUGAGUGGUUCAUCUGAUUGGGAUGAUGCUUUGUCCUCUGGGGGUCAUGGUUAUGACCUGAAGAAUCCUCAGAGCACUUGCAAAUUGUUUGCACUGGACUUGGCUAUAAAAGCAAUGCCACUCGAGAUUUUUCUUCAAGUUGGUGGAUCCACACUAAAGUUUGAGGAUAUGGAGAGUUGCAAGUCUCCGACGGACACUCAAGCUACUGGACGACUCUCGUGUAUUAUUGAUGUAUUACAACGACUCAAGGAAACUUAAAUUGCUGCUUUUCGUUAGAUAAUUUUUUUGAUAAGGAAUGAAUUUCGUUCUCUAUAGAGAAUUCAAACAUUCAAAAGGAUUUGCUAAAACUAUUCUGUUUCUGAUUGUCAUUGAUUCGGUUAGUAACUGAUGGACAAGUAGAAGAUUCCCUACACAUUUCUCUUACCCACGCUAUGGAGCUUAAACUUUACAUUGAGGAACCUUCGCCGAGACUCCCACUAUCACUA